AUGCAACGAGGAGUUGGGUACUCGAACAAUGAGGCUCAAAAUCAAGAUUCUGAAUCUAAUGAAUUUCAGAAUCAGUUGGUACAGUUUCAGAACGCUUCACAGUUUGCUGAUAACAAGGCUCAAAUGGCUGACACCCUCAUGAGUUUACCUCCCCUCGGCUUGAAACUCCGCAAGUCAUCUUCCUUUAUGGACCUGAUUGAAACCAGAUUAUACCAUGAAGAAGAGUUCAAGCCCAAUCACAAACCUACCCAAUCUGCUAAAUCGAAAGCUGAUCAUGAUCUUAUAUCUCAGCAGGCAACUGAGAAAUUAAAGGCCUCAAAUUUUCCUGCUUUAUUGCUCAAAAUUGGCUCGUGGGAGAGAAUAACUGUAAAUGAAGGUGAUUUGGUGGCAAAGUGUUACUAUGCUAAGAGAAAGUUGGUGUGGGAAUUUCUGGAGAAUGGUUUGAAGAGCAAGAUUGAGAUACAGUGGGCUGAUAUUUUGACAUUAAGCGCUGUCAUGGAGGAGAAUGAACCUGGAAUUCUUGAAAUUGAGUUAAGCCAGCCUCCCUCGUUCUACCAUGAGCUUGAUCCGCAGCCAAGAAAGCACACUCAAUGGAGAAUGACAUCAGACUUUACAGGAGGACAGGCUCCCAUUUGGAGGAGACACUAUCUUAGAUUUCCUCCAGGAGCACUUGACAGACAUUAUGAGAAACUUCUCCAGUGUGAUCCCCAUUUGCUCCAGCGUAGCCAGAUGCCUUUUCCUAGUUUACAGUCUCCUUAUUUUGAAACCAAUAUGUAUGGUAUCACAGAUUUUGGUUUAAAUCUCCAUGGACAAAUACCAGAAAUCAAUCAAAUCAAUCCUGGGUACCAAUUUUCUCUUCCACAAAUUCCUGCAUCUUUGAUUCCUCAUCGACCAGUUCAAUUAUAUGAGCAAGUUCCUCCACCAUCUCUCCAAAUUAACGAUACACCUUCACCUAUAUCUGUCAUGGAUAUUUCAUGUGUAGAUGAGCACGGGAGAAACCCAGUUUUCAAAAAUCAAUCCAUGCAAAUUUGGAGUAAUCAACAAGCGAACAACUUUGCAGAUCAAGUCAAAGAACCAGAGGUUAUCGCUCAUUUUGCUCCUCAAGUGAACCCUGUAAUCAAUUACCGAACUCAUCAUCAACCAGGCUACAACGAAGGAACUGAGAGGCUUAAUCCUAUGGCCCAAGAUUUAACCGACAUCAACCAGCAGUUAUUCAGUGAUACGCAAGUGCCUUACAUGGAUCAAAACUAUUACAUUGACAGAGUAAACUCGUUAGAGAACUUGGUCAAUCUAUCUGGGGAGAGAGAAAACUCUAAUAAUACCACCCACAGAGUGGUCGACAACUAUGGACGAGAAAUAGUUAUCAAUCAAGGUUGUUUGGUUCUGAAUGCUAAUAUGCCUCUACAUUAUGCUGCCAGGCAAUUCACUUCUCGUCCUCCUCUCUCCGCAAUGCCACUUCAAGCCCCUCGGCCUCCCCUUAUGAUGCCUCCAGUUCCUCAGCCUACCUCCAUGAUGCCUCCUCAACUUCCAGUGCAGAACAUGCAUCUGACCACUAACAGCAAUUCAUUUUAUCCCUCAACUGUUUCAGACGGAAUUAUGGAGGGUUUUCCAAAUGCUGAUACAAUCAAUAGGGCCAACAACUGGCACUGA